AUGUUGUCAUUAGCGCUGCUGUCCGUCUUGACCUGCUACGUGAUGCCUGGUUUCGGAGUAGCCAUGUACCCUGGUGGUCUUGGUGGUGCAGUCGGUGGACACAGAAGUGGAAUGGGCUUCAACGCCCCUCCAUUUGGUCCACUCGCCUUCCGGGGGGGAAUGGGUCCCGCUGCGAUGCCCCACAGAGGUCUAAUUUCUCCUGUUUCACGUGGAAUGUCCAUGCAGAGUCCUCUUAGGGCCUCACCUUAUACCAGUCCGAGCUUCCCUGGUAUGGGUGGCAGUCAGCCCCUCGAUCGUUGCAAUGGUGGCAAUUGUGGCUAUUGGGGUGGUUGUCAAGGCGGUCAUUGUGGAGAAUUUUACGACUUUCGACCGUGCCACACUCCGGAAUGCUUUGACGGCCCAAUCCAUGGUUUUGACUGUGCGGAUGGAUCUUGCAAACGUGUUUGCAAUGGUCCCAAUUGCCGAGACUUUGUCAUACACGCCUGCUCUGGCAAGGGCUCCCCUGCACCUGAUCAUAGUGACGUAAGUGAACCGAGUGGAAAUGGAAAGAAUUGA